UGCUUACAUAACUGUAUUCCGAAUAGUAAUAUUACAACUUGAAAUCGUGAUGAAAAUCCGACAGAUACUUCACCCAAAACCGAUUCGACUCCAGUUACUUCAGCUAAGCAUCUGGUUUUGCUAGUCAUUCCGGGUUUUGUUUUGCAAUUUUAAGCAAGGAUUUGCUGUUUUGGAUCGUGUAAUUCUUGGGUUUUGUGGAAGUCGGACUAUGGCUGCGUCGUUGGAUAUCAAGCUUAGAAGACUUUCCAAGAUUUAUCACCAAGGGGAGACUGUCUCUGGUGUAGUCAUUGUUCAAUCUAAAGAUUCUCUUCCCCAUCAAGGUAUCAUGAUGUUCGUUGAAGGUGUCGCAACUCUUACACUGAGUUCGAAAAGUGUCGGAAGAUUGGAGGCGAUGUAUAGCUCAGUGAAACCGUUGAAUGUAUUUUCACAUACAUUGGAAAUUGCAAAACCGGGAAAGUUUAUGCCUGGAAGAAUGGAAAUUGCAUUUGAAUUCCCAUUGCAAGCAAAAGGAAAUAAAGUUCUUCAUGAGACCUACCAUGGAGUGUAUGUAAACAUACAGUACAAGAUUCAAUGCAAUAUGAAGCGGCCUCUUCUAAACAAAGACUUAUCGAAAGAAUGUGAAAUACUAUUGGAAUAUAAAACAGGAGAGAACGCAAUUACUAAGCCUCUGUCGUUCACUAUAACUCCGGGAUCACUACAGAAUAUCAAAGAUAAAACUAAAGUCCCACGUUUCACAGUCAGAGGAAAGCUAGAUAGUUCUAUGUGCUGCAUCACGAAGCCGUUCACAGGAGAAAUAGUUGUUGAGAGAUCAGAAGCUGUUAUCAGAUCAAUUGAAUUGCAACUUCUAAGAGUGGAGACUGUGGGCUCUGCGGAGGGAUUUUCUCAAGAAGCUACCGAGAUCCAGAACAUAGAAAUUGGCACUGGUGACGUUUGCCACGGUCUUACCAUACCAAUCUACAUGGUGUUCCCCCGGUUAUUUGCUUGCCCUACAAUAGAGGCAACUAACUUCAAAAUUGAGUUUGAAGUGAACAUUGUUGUUGUGUUUGAAGAUGACCAAUUAAUUAUGGAGAAAUUUCCGAUUAAACUUACCAGAUUUUGAACAGUAUGUUUGUGAAGACCUCAGGUUCUUGGCAUUUCAUCGACGGAGCAUUCAUAUCUUUGCUCAGAGAUGAGUCAUCUUUACUUCUGUUUGCGUGAUUGUAAUUCACUAUUCUAUACAGUAGUGGUUACAAACCUUUUAUAGCUUGUGGCACCAUUCCGGAGACUUGCAACACUCAUGGCCCCGUUUUAUAUUCUGGUGGUGUUUAUAGUGUUAUUUUGAUUAGGGUUUUCUUAUGGUUUUAAUCAAGACAUGUCCGAUGAUUCUAAUCAAUGGAAAUUUCACACGCUUGUAACAAUUUCAGAAUUUACUGUAGCGAGUCUUUAAAAUGUGCCUCAGAAUGACUCUAGUAAAGCCCAAUUCAGGGUCAUUCCUGGUCUGGUGUUCGACACAUCUCCAUUAUGACAGUCCCACUUUUGGUAACAAAUUCAGAGACACUCCCAGGGGGAUACAAGUCAAGUCGAUGCUGCUCAAAAUCAGUCUGCUUCAUAGUGGGUUUUCCAAAAAAACAGUGAAAUGUAUUAAUAUGGGCCACAUGAACACUGAGAAAAUUUCAUCUUUUAGUAAACAACCAAUUAUUUUAAGCAUUCAACUAAAAUCUACUGUCAGUUGAGUUGAUUCAAUUAUUGCUCAAAUCCGACUGAGAGAAAUGUUUUGGUGCUUUCUCUGGUUACUUAUGAUUUUCUUUUACUGAUUUAUCGCAGUAAUGUAUCAAGUGCAAUAUUUAAAAUAAAAUCAAUGUAAACGAA